UAGUAAAUGCAACAAUGAUUCAGUUUCGAGUUUCAGGCCAGCCACCAAGCCCCAAUUCUUGUAUCUCUCAAGCUUGUUAACACAGGAGUAGAUAGAGAGAGAGAGAGGGGGGGGGGUUGAAAGUGAAAGGCUUGGACUUUGAAAUUCGAUUCAAUGGAGUUGUUGAGAGUUUCGUUUACAACAAUGGCGGUUGUGGCUCUUCUCCUUGCUCUGAUUUGCCCUGCCAUUAAUGCUCAGAGCCCUGCACCUGCUCCUUCAAGCGAUGGAGUAGCUAUAGAUCAAGGAAUAGCUUAUGUGCUCAUGCUGGCUGCCCUGGUGCUCACCUACAUUAUUCAUUAAAACUCUUAUAAAGCAGGGAUGUGGAAAGAGAGAUUGAUAGAUAGAUAUGUUAAGUUCCUGGCAUUCAAAACAGAUUUUUUUUUUCUUGUUUUCUUUUUUAAAUCUUCCCCUCUUGUUUUCUGCUUGGGGAAUUUCUUGUUGUUCCAAUUUCAUCAUGACUUUAAUAACCCUAAAUCCUUUUUCCUCCUUUCUUUAGCUUUCUUUUCCUCAUCUCCCCAUUUGAGAAGGCUCAAAAUAAGCAGUUGUGAUGCUUCUAUCAAAUUUAUGAUUACCUUGUAAUAAGUCAUAGAAAGCUUUUUUGAAGUA